AUGGAGCAAUGCGACCAGGUUUUGAUUUCUAUGAAGCAGAUUUCGCCAAGAUUUUCCCUACGUACAUCGCGCUACAGCUUCACUUUCUACAAUCUUGGCACGAGUAUAGCUUCAAGACAGACGUGGCGCCAUGAAGCUAUUGACGAGACUAGGACUAGCGAUAUGGUGGAGUGGGGCCCUUGCGACAACAUCAUCUUAUGGUUUCAGUUCUACUUCAUCAAUAUCAAAGGACUACAAACUAACGAUUCUUGCAUAGAGCACCACGUCGUCCAUGAAAAGCGCCAUUUCACACCUCAGCGAUGGACCAAACGUGAUCGCGUUGCUGCGAAUAUGGUCUUGCCAGUUCGCAUUGGGCUGGCUCAAUCAAAUCUUGACCGGGCCGAAGAGUACCUAUUGGCCGUCUCCCACCCGAGCUCUCCUACAUACGGCAAGUUGUGGACACCAGAGGAGGUCAUCGCUGCCUUUCAGCCUAGCAUAGCCUCUGUUGAGGCUGUUCAUGGAUGGCUUACAGCUCAUGGAGUCCAGAAUGUAACUCAUUCGAAGAACAAGGGCUGGCUGGCCUUCGACGCUCCAUCAUCAGUCGUUGAAUCGCUGUUACGUACCGAGUACUACGAACACGAGGAUAAACUUACAGGGGGAAUUCUGCCGGCAUGUGAUCAGUACCAUGUGCCUAUGAGUAUUCAAGAUCACAUCGAUUACAUCACCCCGGGAAUUAAGCUCAUGGCGCCUGUGAAGGAUGAUGCUGACCUCAAGCGCAAACGAGCAAUAGAAAAGAGUACAACGUGGGGUGGAGUCAGGCGGCCAGCUCGACAACAAGUCUCAGAGAAACUUGUUAGUCUUAUAACAUCAAACAGUAGUGAUCUGAGUAACUGUGACAUAGCUAUCACUCCAGCUUGCGUUGCAGCUCUCUACAAUAUCCCGCCCGGGAAUUUGUCCCACCCCAGCAACUCGCUUGGAAUAUUCGAAGCUGAACUGCAAUUCUGGGACCAGCGGGACCUGGACUUGUUCUACGCCAACCUCACAAACUGGAUCCCAAGAGGCACUCAUCCGAUUAACGAGGAGAUCGACGGCGGCGUGGCUCAGACGAGCAACUCAUCCCUGGCUGGUGGCGAAGCCAUGCUGGACUUACUACUUGCAUAUCCAAUUGUAUAUCCACAAUCGAUUACCGUGUUAAAUGUGGACGAUAUACACUACCAGACGUGGGACAAUGACACGUACACAUGGGGCUUUAAUACUUUACUUAAUGCUAUUGAUGGAUCCUAUUGCACGUACUCAGCCUAUAAUGAGACCGGAGACUUGCCAGGCGUCGACCCAACGUACCCAGAUCCUGGUCCUGAUGGCUACAACGGGACGCUCCAGUGUGGUGUAUUUAAGCCUCCUAAUGUCAUCUCACUGUCCUACGGUGGACAAGAAGCAGAUGUACCCAUAGCUUAUCAGAAGCGCCAGUGCAACGAGUACCUCAAACUUGGACUCCAGGGUGUGACAUUCGUUUUUGCUUCUGGAGAUGCCGGUGUUGGCAACUAUCCUCAGCCGUAUGGCUUUGAUGGGCCGAAUGGAUGCUUGGGCCCCAAGGACAACCUUUUCAAUCCUACGUGGCCAAACAACUGCCCCUGGCUCACCAACGUAGGGGCCACGAAGGUCUAUCGGGGCUACACUGUCUUUGAGCCCGAGAGCGCUGUCUUUGAUCCGGGGAGAGUCAACUACUCCUCUGGAGGCGGAUUCAGCAAUAUUUACCCUGUGCCAGACUAUCAGAAGAUUGCUGUCGAUCGUUUCUUCAAGGACCAUGAACCAGUCUACCCAGCUUACUCAGGUUUGAUAGCUGAUGCUGAUAAUUACACACUGCCAUAUAUCACUGCGCUUGCGGGCAACAGUGGCGGAAUCUAUAACCGGAUGGGUCGGGGCAUCCCGGACGUAGCUGCUAAUGGUGAUAACAUUGCGAUUUUUGUAGGUGGGAGGUUUGGGCUGAGCGGUGGAACAAGUGCCAGUACCCCAAUAUUUGCUUCGGUUAUCAACCGGAUCAAUGAAGAGCGUAUCGCAGUGGGGAAAGGACCGGUAGGCUUCAUCAACCCGGUUUUAUACGAGCAUCCCGAAGUUUUAAAUGAUAUCACGAACGGGACAAAUCCGGGGUGUGGAACAGAAGGAUUCAGCGCAGUUCCGGGUUGGGAUCCUGUGACAGGUCUCGGAACACCCAAUUAUCCCAAGAUGCUGGAUCUGUUUAUUUCUCUUCCCUGA